UCGAGCGUAUCUAGUUCCAGUACCACGCCCUUCUCGCGGUUGACUCACGGAAUCGAUCGCUAGGCAAGGAAAGACGUGUGGAAAAUUCCCCAUUUAUCAGGUAUUUGUCCUUAUUUUCUGCUUAUACUUUUACCAAACUUCUAUGGAACUAUACGUUGUUAUUCUUGAAGUCUGUGAAACAAAAGACCUUUGUUGCGUCGCUGUUGAAACGCUUUGAAAUUCUCGUCUGGAGUUUCCUUUUAGACGUCGCCUAAUUCGGUACUGCCCGAUUUCGUACCCAUAUAGAAAUUGCUUGAUUUUGGACGACUUUUCGCCGACUUUUCCAAGCGUUCGUGGCUGUUGAGGUGGCCGUGAUAUCCCUUUUAAACCUGUCGCUUAUUUGCGUUUUGUUUGGCAUCUUUCGUACAGGAACCUAAAGUUUGAAACUCGACAGCCAAGAUGCCGAAAUCGGUGAGUUUUUUGAAAUCAUAUUAUAUUUGCGAUUCCAUUUAUGAACUUGUAAUACUAAAAGCGAUAAGAUUAGCUCAAUAUAUCCUGGUAUUGAAAACAUUUCAGAAUCAUAAACUCGAUUAUACGCGAGGAACGUCUCGAAUAUAUAACUGAAAAUGGCUACGUUGUUCACCAAUAAAUGUUUAUAUUCUCGACAGGUAAAUGUGCGUGUGACUACGAUGGACGCGGAGUUAGAAUUCGCGAUCCAACCUAGUACAACUGGCAAGCAACUCUUCGACCAGGUAAGGCCAUAAAUUUAAUUGGCUUCGCAUAUUUUUUCCUACUAGUCAUAUGCGAAUAUAGUUUCCCAUUGUGAUUCUGAAUUCACGGUGUUAUUUUCCCACAACAUAUUUAUGUAUAUUGUCCUGAAAUUUUUAGGUUGUCAAAACUAUUGGCUUACGUGAAAUUUGGUUCUUCGGCUUGCAAUACACGGAUACAAAAGGUCUCGUAACUUGGCUGAAAUUAAAUAAAAAGGUACUGUACAAGUUUUUAAUUUAUGAAAAUCCAAUACUAAUUGGUAUUAUACAAGCUCCUUGCUGUGACCGAAUGCGUCCAAAUAUAAUAUAAUAAAAGGCCCAAAUAAAUUUGUCGUAUAGAGUUUAAUUUGUGGGUUUGUUUUCAAAACUUGUAUACAAUUACAAAUCAGGAGAAAAUAUUUCGAGUCAAUUACUAAAUUGGCUCAAGGAAUGCAAUGUUUUGAAAUAUUAACUAGCAUUUAAUGAGAAGCCAUUUCAGUGUGGGAAAAAUUUUGAAUAAUGGCGUCCAUUUGAGGAUUAAUGGCAUUUAUUUUGAAUAGCGUAUUUUGGGAUGUCCGGGCCUAUUUUUCUAACAUGUGUCAAAGCAAUGUGUUUCAGGACCUGACCUCAUGUCUCAAGCAUGUUUUGCAGAUCAAAUUGACUUCUCGAAUUACAAUAAUUGCAAUACAGCAUAAUAUAAUAAAAUGGCAUUUAAUUUGAGGUCCCAAAUCUGAAACUUUGGCCCCAUUCUUUUGAAAUACGUUCCUUCCUGCAGUUUUUAGAAAGGGUGUGCUUAUUUGAACACACUUUAUUGGAUGGGAAAGAAAAAAUUGUAUUUUUAAAAGAGAAAAUUUUGUAUUUUUUAUGCAUUAAAUAUAUAUGUUUGAUCUAAUUUUCACUUACUUAGCACAUUAUGUAAAUCACUAUUGCACAAUAUUUUGCUGUGAAUAUAUUCCAGUCAAAAUAUACAUGCAAACAAUAUUACUAUUAUGGCAAUAGCAGCUUUCCCUAGAAAUUUAUUUUCUAAGUUUGAACAUUUUUCUAAUGAAUUUUUCAUUUCAAUAACUUCCUACACUUGAGUUAUCAAAGGACUGUGAUUGGUUAAUUAUAGGCAACUUACUUUGUGUUGCAAAAUGCCAAAUGCCAAAGCAGGUUAUAUAUCAGCAAUUGGUUUGCUAGAAAUAUCAUAAUUAUUUGUUUAAAUUAACAAAGCUUUUGAUCUGUAUAAAUCAGAUUUUCGAAAGUGCAAACGAUGCUUGCACUGAUGAAAUAUUGUUCUUUCAGAUCCAAUACUUUGCCAAAUUUAAAAUGAGUUUGCAAAACAUAUAUUUUUAAGCAAAACAGUUAGAUUAGCUACAAUGUUGAUAUGUUCAAAACUUUAAUUAAUCAAGAAUGCAAGUUGGUCUAAGUUCUAAGGAAAUAUAAUUUGCUUGACUAUUUUGGAAUGUUACUAUUAAUCAAGAAUGCAAGUUGGUCUAAGUUCUAAGGAAAUAUAAUUUGCUUGACUAUUUUGGAAUGUUACUAUUAUUAGAACCACAACAAGAACUGCAUUUGUUACAUUUGAACAUUAACCCAUACCCAUUGAGUGACAGCACUCUCCUUUUGACAAGUAAAAUCUUCUGGUGUUAUAGGCAGAGUAAGAAUAAUGUAGUGUGUAUUAAGCCUGGUUUCUGUAUGAUUGUAAUGGUCGUAAAAAUAGAGUCGCAAUCUUUUUCAAUGGCCAAUUUAUAAUAGUUUAUACCUGUAAACCACAUAUGAAUCGUGAGUAUAUUCUCUAGUUAUAAUCACUAUGCAUAUUUUCGGUUCUAAAAUGUUGUAUUUUGGCUCUAUAUAGCCAAGGUGACAUAAUUUCCGGAGGCAUGUAUUGUUCUUCUCUUGAGAAUACAGAAACUGAACCUGACAAGGUUCUUCCACUCCCAAAAGACCGGAAGUCCAGGGUUUGAAUUAGUUGAGAAAAACUGAUGUGCACCUUUUAAAAAAUGUGGCUCUAAAUUUUUAUAAAAUAGGUUCAUGAUUGUUCAUCAACUUCUACUCAAUCACACUGCUAUAAUUUAAUUAAUUGAAUACUUUUUAAACAUUGUGUGCAAUCCUUGAUGUACAAACUUAACACAUAACAUUACUGCAGAUUCAGGAAGACCGUGAAAUGCGAAUAGUUGUUACAUUAGUUUUAAUGGUUGCAGGUUGCACGAUGAUGUUUCAGACAUUUCUAAGGCGUGGCUUCAACGUUUAUUUUCAAAAUUUAACCAUUGUACUGUUGUAAUUUUGAAAACAAACAUUGAAGCCACGCCUUAGAAACGUCUGAAAAUCUGCCUAGAAAUGUCAUUGUGCAACCGUUAAAACUAACACGACAAUUUUUUGCUUUGGGUUGUUCCAGAAAAGAUCCACACUCCCCCCAAAGAGGACAUUUCUGCUGUCCAGAGGGGGAGGGGAGAAAAAAUUGUUUCUGAUAAUAGUAAAUGUAUAGGACAUCCGAAGGGGGUAGGGGGUUAACUUACUAUUUCCUCCAUUGGGGUGGUAUGGAUGUUUUCUGGAAUGACCCAUUUCACGGUCCACCUGAAUCCGCAGUAACCCAUUGAGCCCUACUUGUCUAACGCCAGACGAUUUUACUCUUCAAUGGGGAAGCUCUGCAGGUUAAUGGGUUAACCAAAAGAAAUCUGACAAUGUCUCUAGUUAAUUAACCCAUUGAGCCGCAAUGUGCCCCAGUGUGCCCUACUUAUUUUUUUUUACUUGUCUAAUGCCAGAUGAUUUUACUCGUCAAUGGGGAAGCGCUGCAGCUUAAUGGGUUAAUCAGUCAUGUGUUGUCUGUCAUGGUGGCUAAAAUUUGACACCUUCCAGUCCGCAAACGCUUGUUUGUGUGCAUGCAAAAGCACUUGUUUAUAAAUUAUAAGACAACAGAUUGGCUAAUAGUCCCAAGUCUUUUUGCACAUCGUAUGGAAAAGUGAUUUUCACUAUUUUGUCCGAAUGAUGUGCGUAUUGCACACUGUUAAUUCGAACCCUCUCUGGAACCAAGAUGAAAUUUCAGGAACCGCACAGAUCUAACAGCUUAACAUUGGUAAAUUCCUGUAGGUCUUGGCACAAGACAUCAAAAAGGAAACCCCAUUUCAGUUCAAGUUUCGUUCCAAAUUCUUCCCAGAAGAUGUGAGCGAGGAACUCAUCCAGGAAGUCACACAGGUAUGCGGCAAAAUUGAUUGCGAAAGUAGUAUGGUCCAGAGCUUUGCGCCGGAGUACCGAAGCAUGUAUAAAUGAUAAGUAAAGGAGAAAGCUCAAAAAGGAAUAAAAUAAAUUCUGAAAUUACACUGAAAUACUUUCGCCUGCUUCUACUUUUACUGUCGUUCCAAUUGAAGUGUUGCUCAAAUAUUGAUUCAAUACAUUACCUCGGGCUGACCAAUUCAUUUGAUCAAGUUCCUCGAGAUACUCAUACACUUUCCUGUGAAAGAGCCAAUUCCAAGUAUUUGAUAAUUUCUGGUCACUUCUGGUCACUUCCUUUCUAUUUAUGAUUGGUUAGUUGCACAAACAACAAAGGUGAUUGGUUCAUUCAAACUAUUCAACAGGAAGUUUACAAUUAUACUAGGAAGUGUAUGAAUAUCUCGAGGAACUUGAUGAAAUGAAUUGGUCAGCCCGAGGUAAUGUAUUGAAUCAAUAUUUGAGCAACACUUCAAUUGGAACAACAGUAAAUAUGAAAUUUCCUUGCCAGAGCAGGAGCCAGAGUUUUGACGGCCAAGCUAAAAUAACCUGAGUUUGCACAGCUCUAGUAUGUUCAUGUGUGAGUCGCAUUGAACCUGGUGUAAAUAAGAAAUAUAUUGUAUUUUUCAGCGAUUGUUCUUUCUGCAAGUGAAAGAUGCAAUUCUAACUGAUGAAGUGUAUUGUCCUCCAGAGACAGCUGUGCUUCUUGCUUCAUAUGCUGUAAGUAACAUAUUUUACAGUCGAUUUCAAGAAACUUUGACCAGAAAUUCGGCCACGAAGUUCGGAAGUUCAUAUUGGAAUUCACAAGCCAAUUUGUAAACAGAGUCCCUGAUUGGUCCCUGAAGUAAAAGAAGCCAAUCAAAUGCAUAGUUUACAAACUGGUUUGUCAAUCUCAUUAUGUACUUUUGAACUUCGCAACGAACUUCGCAACAAAGUUCGGAACAUUUGUGGUCAAAGUUUUGUGAAAUCGACUGUAACGAACACUGAUCUGCCCUUGUUUGUUAUUCUGACCAGUGUACCUUCCCAAUUUAUUUUGAGGUCUGCCCUUGAUGAGUAAAAUCAUCUGGCAUUAGACAGAGUAAAAUAAUAACGUAGGCACAUCAGGGGGCACAUUGCCACUUGAAGGGUUAAGUUAUUGAACUGUUCGCCCACUGUUUCCUUCCUGGGCUGUCAAAUAUCCUCUUGCAAUAAAUUUUAUAUUUUUUUUAGUGCCAAGCCAAAUAUGGCGACUAUGCAGAUUCAUCUUACAAGGCAGGAUUUCUUGCAAGUGAUCGGCUUCUCCCACAUCGGUAAGUCCAUUAAGUGGACCUUUCCCCGUAUAACUAAAAUUUUGAUCUAGACAAAAAUUUCAUCACAGCUUGAAAGAGCAUCACAAAAUUAGUAAUAUUACAAAGUUUUGUUGCGAAAUGUUGUAAAAUACGGAUAGUAUAGCCCUGCAAAGUUUGCCUUUUUUCAGUCAUUAAGUCAUUUUGUAUUACACACAGGAAAUUGAUACUUUUUUCAGAAAGCGAUAUCAAUUUCCUGUCCGUAAUACAAAAUAUAUCAGUCACACACACUCGAUACACACCCAGCAAUAAUAUCUUAUAAAAUAAGAUAUACAAACAGUAAUAUAUUACAUGGGGUUGUGACCAGCAAAAAGUGUAAAAAAAAGUUUGCUAGUGAAAUUCUUUUUACUAGCAAAGGCUAAAAUUUUACUCGCAUUUUUCGAGUUUGCAAACAUUAACUUCAAAGCUUGGUAUAUAAGCUACUGAGUACAGCAGUAAAAAUUUAUGCUAUUAAUCUGUUUUCUAAUUUAUGCUAUUAAUAUUAUUAGAGGAUAUUUAGAUUUUAGACAAUAGUAAAUUCCAAAAUCUAGUGCCCUGUAAAGUAGAUAUAGUAGAGAAAACUUUCAAUCCAAGGUAACUACUGUACAUAUAUAAUCUGUUUUUUUCCUAGUGUCUACGAACAACAUAAAAUGUCAAAAGAUGAGUGGGAAGAAAGGAUUGUCAAAUGGUGGAGGGAACACAAAGAUGUCACAAAGUAUGUACUAAAGGAAUACUGAAUGGUUUUCCGUGCAGGAUUGCGUGAUCCAUGCACGAGGGAUGUUGUGAGACUUUCGGAAAGCAUAAAAAUACUCGUGCCGCAGGCGAGUGUAUUUUUACGCUUUCCAAAAGUCGAGCAACAUCCCAAGUGCAUGGAUCACACAAUCCUGCUUGGAAAACCAUUUUGCUAGUAGUUUUAUAAAAUAACUACAGUGAAACAAUGACAUUUUGAGAAUCCCGCUAAGGCAUUUUAAUUCCUCGUGCAGGAUAGCCUGAUCCUGCACGGCUAUUGACCAAUCAAAUUGCGUGUUUCACUGUAGUUAUUAUAUAAUGAGCAUUCCUGCAGGCCUUAAUUCCAGGGUCCCCCAGCACCUCGGGGGCCCGGGGCAAUUCCCCCCCCCCUGCCCCUCCUCUUGAUGGCCCUGCAUAGGACCCUUGGCCCUUGCUCAUCAUAGACUCUUCAAAUCCCAAAUAAUUCAACAGGAUCCUUCUUGUCCUCUGUGAAUGAAACACCAAACGAUUAACAAUUAUACUUAUCAAGAGAGAAGAGUCUUGGGCAUGAUAUAAAUAAGUCAAAUUGUCUUGUAGAGAAGAUGCGAUGACAGAGUAUCUGAAAAUUGCCCAGGAUCUAGAAAUGUAUGGCGUUAGUUAUUUUGAAAUCAAGAACAAGAAAGGGACUAGCUUGUGGCUUGGUGUAGAUGCACUUGGAUUAAAUGUCUAUGAGAAAGAAGACAAGUAAGACUAUUAAGAGGCAAUUUAUUUCAUUGUUGCGUAUUUGUGAUGAAAAGUGUUCAAAACUUUGUUUUAGCUUUAUUUUGUAGUUUACACAGUUAGCAACCUUUUUAAAUGUAUCUGGCGAUUAAGAAACACAAAAUAAUAAUUAAAUAUUGACAACAUUCAAUCUACAACUUUCUGGUAUUAAGUUUUUUGUACUGUAACUUCAUAUAGUAUCAUGUAACAGACUAUUUCAGCAUAUAUCGUACAUGUUCGGUAGUUUGAAACGUGUUAGCCCAUCGAUACUUAUUUUUUUUACUGUUGACAUUUGUCCCUUCUAGACUAACACCAAAAAUAGGAUUCCCAUGGAGUGACAUCAGGAAUAUUUCUUUUAAUGAUAAGAAAUUCGUUAUUAAACCUAUUGACAAGAAAGCACCAGUAAGUACGAGAAAUAUAGCUCCUUGAGUCUUUGAAGGUUUGCAUCAAGACCGGAUUUUGGUGGAAAUAGUGGGGGAGGUGGAAAAAAAUUAGGGUAGAUGCAGCGGUCUAGCUCACAACCCCCAUGGAAAGUAUUGGAAAGUUUAACCCAUUGAGCCGCAAAUUAUCUUUUUUUUUCUUGUCUAAUGCCAGACGAUUUUACUCGUCAAUGGGGAAGCUCUGCAGCUUAAUGGUUAACCAAAAAAUCUGACAAUGUCUCCAGUUAACCCAUCGAGCCACAAUGCGCCCCCAGUGCGCCCUACUUAUUUUUUUUACUUGUCUAACGCCAGACGAUUUUACUCGUCAAUGGGGAAGCUCUGCAGCUUAAUGUCAAUGGGGAAGCUCUGCAGCUUAAUGGGUUAACCAAAUAAUCUGACAAUGUCUCUAGUUAACCAAAAAAUCUGACAAUGUCUCUAGUUAACCUUAUCGAGCCCCAGUGCGCCCUACUUAUUUUGUUUUACUUGUCUAACGUCAGACGAUUUUACUAAAAAUCUGACAAUGUCUCUAGUUAACCCAUCGAGCCCCAGUGCGCCCUACUUAUUUUGUUUUACUUGUCUAACGUCAGACGAUUUUACUCGUCAGUGGGGAAGCUCUGCAGCUUAAUGGGUUAACCAUUGUCGAAAAACCAAGAACUACAUGUAGUUCCAACUACCAAUACCAUGAAGGAGAAAUAUUUAUUGGCAAUUUCUCUGCUCUAGGAUUUUGUAUUCUACGCACCACGACUUCGCACAAACAAACGUAUCCUGGCAUUAUGCAUGGGCAACCACGAGCUCUACAUGAGGCGAAGAAAACCUGACACGAUCGAAGUACAACAAAUGAAAGCGCAGGCGAGGGAAGAAAAACAUAAUAAACAAAUGGAGAGGUAUGCAUUGAACAGACCGUUGCCAAAUAACGAAACUUGAUAGGGAUGCAAUUACCUCAAAAAUACAAGGAGAACUUCGACGUUUCGAGCCAAGGCCCUUUCUCGGGAAGGUAUAGUUGCGUCCCCGCCCAUCAAUCUAAGUUUUGCAGUUUUUUGCUGAAUGGCUGUUCCUAUUAUAUCAAGAUCUUGUUGGCAUCUCACUCGAUUGAAUAAUAAUUCAGUGUUACUACAGUAUUAAACUACAUGUUCAUUGAAAAUGAAAAUCUAUAGAGUGAUAGUGAUGAUGAUGAUGGUGAUGAUAUAACAUAAUGAGUCCAUUAUGUAGCGCACAAACCAAAGUUGUUCUAGGCAAUGGUGACGAUGAUGAUAAUAGUGAUGAUGAUGUAACGUAUCCCUAACAAUUGUUCCUUUUAGAAUAUCACUAUAGCGGGAAAUUUGCUAGAUUAAGCGUUAUGAGCACAUAACAAUUGGACUUGGCAGAAGCAUUAGGGUGUGAGCAUGUUAUUUCAAUAGGAAAAAACAUUUAAAGUUACCUAAUGCGUCAUGACAAGAAUGAUUGAUAGUGAUGAUGAUGAUAGUGAUGAUGAUGAUAGUGAUGAUGAUAGUGAUGAUGAUGAUAGUGGUGAUGAUGAUAGUGAUGAUGAUGAUAGUGGUGAUGAUGAUAGUGAUGAUGAUAGUGGUGAUGAUGAUAGUGAUGAUGAUGAUAGUGAUGAUAAUGAUAGUGAUGAUGAUGAUAGUGAUGAUGAUGAUAGUGAUGAUGAUAGUGGUGAUGAUGAUAGUGGUGAUGAUGAUAGUGAUGAUGAUGAUAGUGAUGAUGAUGAUAGUGAUGAUGAUGAUAGUGAUGAUGAUAGUGAUGAUGAUAGUGAUGAUGAUAGUGAUGAUGAUUUAUGAUAGUGAUGAUGAUUAUGAUAGUGAUGAUGAUAGUGAUGAUGAUAGUGAUGAUGAUAGUGAUGAUGAUUAUGAUAGUGAUGAUGAUUAUGAUAGUGAUGAUGAUAGUGAUGAUGAUAGUGAUGACGAUUAUGAUGAGGAUGAUGAUAGUGAUGAUGAUAGUGAUGAUGAUGAUGAGAAGAUGAUGAUGAUGGUAAUGGUGGUGAAGAUGAUCGUGUUGAAGAUGAUCGUGGUGAUAAUGGAUGAUGGUGCUUUUGAUAUAUUUUGGCCUGAAACGUCCCUGGAUAAUACUAUAAUGAAUGCGAGACAAUGGUGGUGAAGAUGAUCGUGGUGAUAAUGGAUGAUGGUGCUUUUGAUAUAUUUUGGCCUGAAACGUCCCUGGAUAAUACUAUAAUGAAUGCGAGACAAACUGAAUGACUGUUCUGUUUUCUCCAGACAAACGAUCUUGAAAGUGAAACAAGAGCGUGAAAAUGCUGAACUGGAAAAGAAAAAGCUCGAAGAACGUUUACUUAAGUUUGAAGAGGAUGCUAGGAAAGCUCAAGAAGGUGUGCUGAUAUUUUCUUGAGGGGGGCUGGGGUUCAGGUGGAGAUUUUGGGAUGAAAUUUUCUCAUCGUAGUUGCUCACGAUUUGUGUUUUAUAUCUUAAUAGAACUGGCGAAAUCUGCCGCAGCGGCUGAAGAACUCGAGAGGAAACGUAUGGUAGCCGAAGAGGAAGCGAAAAGACUGGAGGAAAAACGGAAAGAAGUUGAGGAAGAGAAAGUCCGCAUGGAACUGUUACUUCAAAGUGAAACACAAGAAAAAGAAGAACUUGUAAGUCACAGUUUAACUAGACUUAUGGCUAGUCUGUAGGUAGUCACUGACCUGACUGUAGAUACUGUCCAGCUGGUCAGCAGGUAUAGUCUCUGGCUAGUCUCAACUAUUUAGAAAGUUUUUAUGGAAUUGCUGAGAAUAACCUGGCACCGUGCUAACGUAUAGGGCGUCGUCGACAGUCCAAAAAUUAAUCUUGUUCUAUGAUCAUUACAGAGAAAUGAAUUCUCGAAGGUUAAUGAAGAAGUACUACGUGUCCAGGAGGAGGCCGAGAAACAAGCAAAGGAGGCUCAAAGACUGCAAGAAGAGGUAGGUUGUUUGUUUGGAUAUUUUGUCACCAUCACCAGAGAAUGCUCAGAUAACCGCCAUUACCUAAAAUCUUUUUGGCGUUCCUCUCAAAAUUACUUUGUUUUAGCUUUAUUUUGUAGUUUACACAGUUAGCAACCUUUUUACUGUCGAUGCAAUGGAAGUGUUGAUAAAAUAUUGCACCAAUUCCUUUCCUCAAGUUGAUCAAUUCAUUUGAUAGAAAAUUGAUCAACUUCCUGUUACUUUUAGAUGAGCCAAUUAAAUUUCGUUUCAGAACCGAUUGACCAAUAGGAAACGAAAUUUAAUUGAAAAGCAAUUUGAAUUCGUAUGAAUUGAUCAACUUGAAGAAAUGAAUUCAUACAAUAUUUUAUCAACACUUCCAUUGCAUCAACAGUAAACAUAUCAGUAAACAAUUACCAUUGAUAUGAAACUGACGCCUUAUAUUUACAGCAAUAUAAGCAAAAUUUACUGACGUAAUUUUAUCUUUGGCGUACCAUCUAGAAUCUCUUCAUUUUAGCACAGUUUUACAGAUAAAGCACUAAACAUACUUUUAAAGUUUGUUUGCCGCUUGAGAAACGUAUAAAAAAUUUAAAAAUUUGAAUAUAGUUAUAUCCAAGUGGAAAAAUAUAUUCAUUAGUUUUGAGAGCGUGUUACGUAACAUACAAAAGAUUCUCCUCUUCAUACCUAAAUAACCACAGUCACCAUGAUCAGGAUAUUUAUUCUAAGAAAUCUGCAUUAGUAUUAGCCGCAAGUACUAUAUCUAUCGCUACAAAGCCAUCAUUACUGAUGCACUUUUCAUCAUUUCCCCCAUUAUAACCACAAUAAUUUAUACUACCAUAUUAAUAACUUCUUAUUAACCGAGCGCAAGGUCUUCACAGAGAAAUAUUGGACCGAAGUCUUUUUUGAACUGACCGAGCCCGUAGGGCGAGGUUUGUACAAAAAGACCGAGGUCCGAUAUUUCUCUGCUAUAUUUCUAUGGCAUUUAUACUUGAAACAAACAAGAAAUGCAUGAUUUGAAAUGCUUAUUAGUAGCGUGGUACACAUUUGGUCGAAGAAAACAAGCAUUACCAAUGUAUUCCUUCCUUUCCACUUAAAACCAUUCACAGAUAUCUUAUUAAUAACAAAUUAAAUUAUAAUUUUCAAAUUUUCAAUUGGUUUUGCUGUUUUGUUUUAAAAUGCAUGCGUUCGUUUUUACGUAAUGGAUCGCCACGGGAAAAUAAUGUAAAUGUACCGCUGAAAGUGCUUCUCAGCCAAUCACAGUCACCAUUUCACCGGAAGUAAUGCUUGCCAUAUAAUAAUACCUUGGUAAUCCAUAUAUGUGAAUAUCGCAAAUCUUCUUUCUCGAUAGCUUGCAGAAACUAAACUCAAAGAGGAAGAAAAUCUUAAAAAACUUGCCGAGGUUCCUCAUAAUGUUCUCUACGCCACGGAGGCCGAAGGCGCGGAAGACAGUCGGGAAUUGCAGACCACCUCAGAAGCCGAACAACAAACUGAGUUAGAUCGUACAACUGAAGUAUCUAAGAACAUAGACGUGCAAACUCAGCUCAAGGUGGGUUCGAGAUUUGCAGUAUACCCUAGUAUCCUGACAAUACCAGUUUGAAAUCUUGCAUACCAGAUGUCGAAACCUCUGUAUCCCAUUUCGAUACCCAAGAGGUUCUUGCCCGAGCCACUUUCAUUUCCACAUGUUUAAUAGUUUAAUUCCAGCUGUAGACUAAAUUUUGAUCUAGGCAAGAAGAACAAAAUCCAUCGCCACAGCUAGAAAGAGCAUGUUAAAAUUAAUAAAAUUGCAAAGUUUGGUUGCGAAAUGUUGUAAAAUGAGGAAAAUGUAGCCCUUCGAAAUUUGCAAAUUUUGUGUUAAUUUGUAUUACGCGCGGGAAAAAUAACCACAUUUAGGCCGAAAGUGGUGCAUUUUCCCGUGCGUAAAACAAAUUAAUACAAAAUUUGCAAAUUUCGUAGGACUAUAUUUUCCGCAUUUUACAACAUUUUGCAACCAAACUUUGCAAUUAUACUAAUUUUAACACGCUCUUUCUAGCUGUGGUGAUGGAUUUUGUUCUUCUUGCCUAGAUCAAAAUUUGGUUUAUAGCUGGAAUUUGAAGACAUUUACAAUACAGCCAAUAGCCAGUUAAUUGUUCUGACAUUGUUGUUAAUGUUGCAUGUUUUCCUAUUUUGAGAAUUUGGGUACCAGAUUUUCAGUAUGGAUACCAGGUCUGGAAAUGCUGACAUUCAACUAAAUGGAUUUCAGAAACAAUUCUGUAUGAGUUAGGGUUAGGAGAAGAAGCAUGGCUCUCUGAGUGAGCAGCUGUGUUGUAAAGUAGGGGUAUCGCUGGGCAUAUGCGAACUAUAGGCUUUAGCUUCAGUUGAACUGUGUUGUGUUUUUAGAUGCUUUCAAGUGAACUGCAAGGAACCAGAGAUGACUCAAAACUAACGAGAAUAGAUAUUCUUCAUGGUGAGAAUGUUCGUGCAGGCCGAGAUAAAUACAAGACUUUAAGACAGAUCAGAAUGGGAAAUACCAAACAACGUGUCGAUGAGUUUGAAAUGAUGUAAUAAAGGUACGUCACACACUUACUCUGCUGGCUUUGUCAGAUCUGGUGAAUUUUGGGCUCACAGUCUUUUUCAUGUGAAAAAGCGCUGAAAUUUAAAGGUAGAGAAGGCGUAGAUCUAAAUUGCUUUGCAAAGUGAGCUCCAUAUAUAGUGUAGCAGAUUGAUAAUAAUGUUAGGGUAUACCAUAAAGACAUUUUUAGCUAUAGGGGCAUUAUAGAGUAGCUCCUGGUUACCACAAAAUUUUGUUUUUCUUACCAUUUACCUAUUAAAUUACUAUCUUAUAAAAAAAGUAAAAUUUCAAUGUCUACUACGGUUUUCCAAGCCUAUCCCGAGUUAUUAACGGUCAAAAACCGCAAAAUGGUAUAAAAAGGCCACGAAAUACUGUUUUUUAGCAGGUUUAACCUUAUGUAACUUGAAUCGGUGUCGAAAAUCGUAGCAUCCGUUUAAAUGUCCUAUAUUUAGUUUUUUGCGAAAUUUCACUUUUUUUUAUAAGAUAGUACUUUAAUAUGUAAAGUAAGAAAAACAAAAAUUUGCAUAAUAUGCAUCAAGGGUCUGAUCCUAAGGUAAAUACAGAUGCCAAAAAAGAGCACUACGUCGAGAAGACAACGUAGGGCUCAUUACACGAAGAAACAUGAUAUAUAAUUGCCAAACAGCUACACUUUGGUUUUACCUAGACAUAUCAAGGAAAAACAGUUUCCUUGUUUAUUUUUCACCAGUUUGAAUCAAAUUUCCACCUAUUCGCAAAAUGCGAGUCCACAAUCAUGUUAAAAAUGCUUGUCAGCGCUCGUUAAUCACUACUUACUUUAUGUAAUUUCGUGUUCAAACGCCCCACGCACAGUUAAAUCCAUGAUUAGUUAACCAUCCGACCAACAACGUUUUGCCCAGGUAUAGUUGCACCCCUAUCAACCAAAGUUUUCGAAUAAAAUUCUGUCAUUAUGAUUCAUGUUUAACACGCAUAUUUAUCUCUCUUUAAGGUCCAAAUAGAAAUUAUCUAUCGAUUGAUUCGCUUUCCAUUGUCCAAGAGAUUUAUUGCGAAAACACGUGGCUUCAGUACUCAACCAUCUACCUUCCUAAACCUAGGAAUGGAGCAGAGAAUUUCUAAGGACAGAUUUCUUUCAUGCAGAGACGAUUGUAUUUUUUGUCUAGGUUUUUUUUUCGCUGUGUUUUCAUAUGUAACUAAUUUAUUCAAUCAAUCAAUCAAGAAUUAGUGUCGAAUAUAUAAGGUUUGCAUGAUAUUUUAGUGUAUAAGUGUCCGCGCAUGGGUUGGAAGUUUUUGUCUAAUAAACGAUUUUUGUGUACGUUUGUUUUCAUAUUAAUACGGUCGUUAAG